UUCACUAAGAAAAAAUUUAUUUCUAACCGUUUUCUUCGAACCAUAGAAGCAGGAAUUAUUUUUCUUCGCGCGAGCAAGUUUGCACAUGCGCAGCAGAGCGAUAAACUUCUGGCGAUUAUUUUUUUUAAACUUUGAACAAACAAAUGCUGUGAGCUUAUGAGAGUUGACGUUCUUGAAUAAUUCACACAUCACUAGUUUUCCUAGGCUGUGUGAGACAGACAUGACUAUAGAAGAUAUAUAAACUUAACCCUACCGUAUAAAGUGGAGCGAUGUCAAGGACGGCCAGUGGACGUGUUCUGGCGCUUGGUGCCUUGAGCCUGCUACUGGUAGACGUUUGGUGCCACCCACAAUGUCUGGAUUUCCGGGCGCCAUUCACACCGUCAGAACCGUUGGGGUUCUGUUCAGAUUAUUCCAGUCUGGGCUGUUGUAGUGUAGAGACUGAUGGAAUUCUUAAAAUACAGUAUGAUUACGUCAUGUCCAAAGCCACGGAGGAGGAAAGGUCACGGUGUGGCCAGAUGGUCAAGGACAUCACGUGCCAGCACUGCUCGCCCUACGCGGCUCACAUCUAUGACGCCGAGGGCACGUCGAGGGCGCGUGGGUUCCCGGGCCUGUGCCGGGGCUACUGUGAGAGCUACUACGAUCAGUGCAGGAACCUGACCACGCUACUGUACCCUAGGCUCAAAGACCGGACAAUUUUGGAUUCCAAAGACAGUUUCUGCCGCAGUGUGGCUCUGAGUGACGCAGACUAUUGCUAUCCCGACCUACUACAAAACCCGAUGCUCUUACGAAACCUGAGCAACAUCCAAGCCGGCAAUGCACCCGCUGGGUGUUUGUGCUUGGAGAAGAUCGGCAAAAAGCUGGCCAAUCCGCUGUGGGCGCGUCACGCGGGAGACAACUCCAAAAGAUUAUUUGUGGCCGAACAGAGGGGGCGAGUAUACAUAUACAACACGCACACAAGAAAACGGAUACGUUCUCCUUUCCUAGACUUCAGCAAGAAAGUCGUCGUAGAUGGACACGAGGGGGAUGAACGCGGCUUCCUGGGCAUGGCCUUCCACCCCUCCUUCUCGGAGAAUGGACGGUUCUUUGUGUACUACGUCAUGAAAACGAGAGAGGACGAGGCGAUUCCAAAAGAGCUGGUGGGGUUGGCGUCGAGCUUCGACACCAAGGUCCGCGUCAGUGAGCUGAGGGUGAUGGGAGACAACCCGAACAGGGCCGAUCAUCAGUUUGAGCGGGUCAUCCUGGAGGUGCCGCAGCCGCAUGAUAAUCAUAAUGGAGGGGAGCUGUUCUUUGGCCUGGAUGGUUACCUGUACAUCUCUGUAGGCGAUGGCGGAGGUUCAGGUGACCCAAUGGGAGCAGGUCAAGACAGGGCUCUGCUUCAUGGGAAAAUGCUGAGAAUUGACGUGGAUUCUGAGAAACCUUAUGGGAUCCCACCAGACAACCCGUUCGUUGGGGUGAGCGGGGUCAGGCCAGAGAUAUACGCCUACGGCCUGAGGAACAUCUGGAGGUGUGGACUGGAUAAGGGCUACAACAGAACAGAUGAACCAAGUGGCCGGGUACUUUGUGGUGAUGUAGGCCAAAACAAAUUUGAAGAAAUCGAUCUUCUGGUCAAGGGAGGCAACUACGGGUGGAAUUCUCGUGAAGGCUACGAGUGUUUUGACGACGAGACUUGCGGUAAAAUAGGUACUGAGGUGUUGCCCGUGCAUGCCUACAACCACACGACAGGCAAGUCUGUGACGGGUGGGGUGUUCUACCGAGGGUGUGAGAACCCUUCAUUGAACGGCCAGUACAUAUAUGGGGACUACGUCAGCAGUCGCCUGUUCUCAUUGGUUGAGUCGGAGGGCCAAUGGACAAAUAAAGAGGUCAACCUCUGCGGGCCUUCCCUGUGCCAGGGUUGGCUGGUUGGUGAGAUGAAGGACUACGUUUUGUCGUUUGGGGAGGAUGAGGACGGUGAAAUCUACUUGCUAACCAGCAAAAGUUCGUCCAGUAGCAAGACUGAUGGUGCCAUCUUUAAAGUCGUAGAUCCCAUUACGCGAGAUGACCCAUCCAAGUGUUCUAAGGACUUGACGAUGCCGACUUACGCCCGCGCACCGAAACGAAGAAAGCACAGAUACGGCAAAGACCGGCUUACGAGAAAAAGAAAAGUUGCCAGGAAGACGUUCAUGAGCCAAAUGGGUAACAGCACAUCUACGAUGACGCGACCAAAAAGCCAAAGGCCUUCGUCUUUCUCGCGAUACUGGCGCCUCAAACAACGUACUAAGCGCAGAAGGCAAAUGAAAAGAUUAUGUCGCAAGAAUUUUGAAGCUGCGAAUGACGAAAAGCUAAGCCCGGGUGAGGAGGACAGGAGAGAAAUCUGCCAAUCUUACUUCGCGAAAAAAAAGCGGCGAACUAGUAGAAGAAGAGGCCGAAAAUACGUGAAAGAUGCGACUGCGCUGGAGCAAACUAUUAAUUAGAACUAAUGAAUAGUUUUUAGUUGUUGUUUUUUUUUCUUUGUGUUGUUGUUACCAAACAGUAUACAUUAUUUUCUCUUUGCAAAGUUUUAGGUGUUGAUUUUUGCUCAAUAAAAGUGUAAUGCAGUCA